AUGAAAGCAUUACGGCAACCAGUCAGUAUCCGAGCGAAUGCCAGUCCAAGGACCAAACAGCCUCCCAAGCUUCGGCGUACCACUGAGAUUCUAGCUAGUCGUCGUAACCGAAAGACCAGAUUAAAACACCUUGUUCCGCCAUGCACUGUUUUGGUUGCAGGUAUCUCCACUCUAUACACCACAUCCCGAAGCAUUUUAGCAAAGUCCAUGCAGGGUUUAGGCAAGAACUCCGGAGCCCUUCCAACAGUGGCCCGGAAACAGAUAAGCAAACGACACGAUUCGCCGUUCGAACAGCAUCCGCAGUGGGACAGAAAUCACAUGGAGUGGUCGACCGCAAUAUCGACACCGCCGUUUGACUCCCUGCGGAUGAAAGGAUAA